CACACUUACACAUAGACUAGUAAAAGAAAGCAGAGGGAUAGAGACUUUGAUAUUUCUUUCUUUGAUAAAAGCAAGCAAACAAACACCACACUACCUAUUCCAACGGUCCAACCGCACCAUCUUGAGUCUCUAGCACCACCUUCCUUGUCCACCUUUCUUUCUUCUUCUACCUCUCUGUUUAACAAAAAUGCCUUCAACCCUUUAACCCUUCCCAUGCGUUCUCGCACAAAAUCCAUGACCUGAUGACCUUUCUCUUUCUGGGUUUCACAAAAUGGCAACUUUUGACGGCCCCCAUGUUGACACGGGCACUGAAAGUCGCCGCCAUUAUCGCCAUUUUGUUACGGGAAGCAGUGAUGUGUCAUUCUCCGGCGACUCCGACGACCAGUCGUGGCACUCUCCGCUAGAGAUUGAGGGUGUGUUGGGCUCUCGUAGGGACUCUUCUGGGUCAGAUUGUUUGUCGGAGGCGGACUUGGAACGUGGGGUUCUGGAAAUGAAGGUGCACGUGGGUAAAGUGGAAAGAGAUUGUAGGAUUUGCCAUUUGGGUUUGGAGGGAGGUAUAGAGGCUGGGGUGCCAAUUGAGCUGGGCUGUGCUUGUAAAGGCGAUUUGGGUGCUGCCCACAAACAAUGUGCUGAGAUGUGGUUCAAGAUCAAGGGAAAUACAACCUGUGAGAUAUGUGGUGGCACUGCACUCAAUGUUGCUGGUGAGCAGAGAAAUGAGGCAAGCAAUGGUACUGCUGCAGCCUCGUCAGCAGUAGCAGCACCUGUGAUACUGGUGGAGACUCGAACCGUUUGGCAUGGUCGCCGCAUAAUGCACUUUCUUCUGGCCUGCAUGGUCCUUGGCUUUGUCAUCUCUUGGCUUUUUCACUUUAAAAUACUCUCGUGAGUCACUGAGAUUAAACAAGAAAAUGUUGUAAUAUAUCUUGAUCUGAGGCUAAGCUUUGGGAAUCCAUCCUCCUGCGUGUAUGGGUACCUUACUCAUGCCUACUAGCCCCUACUCUUUUAGAAUUAGCAUUGAAUGUGUAUGCUAUGUAUAAUUACAGAAGCUUCUGUGGCCAUUCAAUUACAUGUCUUAUAAUUCUGAAUUAACAAAGCAACAAUCCUGUUGUAUUA